CUCCUGGACGUUGUCGGGAGUGAGGUGUUCGGCUCCUGGGAACGACUGUAUUGCUAGUCGCUCAAGGAUGUUAUUUUGGAACUGAGGCCGCUGCUCGUUCUUCCUUCAUGGUGAGAGAGAGACAGAGAUACAGAGAGAGGGAGAGCCCCACUGCAUUUGUCUCUAGUCGGUACGGUGCGUGAGCUAGAAUUGAAUCGGUUCGGUUUGCUAAUAUAUAUACAUAUUUUCUUAGGUGUAGUCACAGCGAGACUUUAAAGAAGAUUGUCAGAGGAAGAGUGGCUAUACAUCCAGUGCCAAGCGAUAAAGAGGAAGGAAAGAGGAAACGGAAAUGUAAGCGACAGUUUCUAAACUGUGACAGAGAAAUAUUCUGUGAAUCAAUAAUGACAUUAUUCCUGUGAUGUGAUACGGUCCAGAGUAAUAUAUAUAUAUAUAUAUGCUCCAUAAACCUCUCUCGCUACUAAACUGUAAGUGGGGAUAAAUUUAGAUUAUAAAUGAAGGCUAAUCUUAUAAAAAGACCAUAAAUUGUCCAAUUAAGAAAAUCUAAAAUCAUACUUGUGAUUAAGAAUUCGAUACAAGUGCCUCUUCUUCAGUUCCAGUUAACCCUAAAAGAUUUUUCAAAUCAAAUAAUUAUGAGCAAGAACUCGGGAACAUAAUUUUAAAAAUGAUAGAAAUAAUUAUAUUUUGAAGUGGCGAUGAUUAUGAUAGAAUUGUGAGAGCUGUGGACUUGUCCUCACAGAUGAUUUCAAAAUCAAAUUUCAAACUGUAGUAACUAAAAAAUUGAAGAGCGAUAAUGAAAAGAGUUCAUUUCAUCAAAUAUUUCCUUCUAUAUGGACUGUUUUGAAAUAGAAAACCGACCAAAUUGACUGAUAAAGAAAAUUAUAGGGUGAAGAAAAUGUGUUUGCAGGAAAAGAAACAAACAUACAGAAAUUAACAAACUUAUAUGCAAGAAUUUUGUAAGUGAUCACAAUCAUGGAUUUGCUUUGAUGAAAAAAUAUGUGAUUAAAUUCGAUAAAUCAACUGGAAAAAAUAAAAAGUCCUCUACAGUUGUAAUACACACUGCGGAUUAAUCAUCUAUCAUUGCUCAAAAUGCAAGAACAUACUUACUGAAACAACAAUCUAUGGCAUUAAUAUUAGAAUAGUAUUUCCCGUUUGCCGAGACAGAAGCCAACUUCCCAUUCUAGCAGAAACAUGCCAAUGAAAAAUGAUGGAGCUCCCUAGGUUAGGUGGGAUAGAAUCGAACCAGUGCCCGACUGAGUGAGUGAGUGGAGUGAGGGGAAGGAAGGAAGGAAGGAAAGAGAGGAAUCUAGUGAAGGCAGGAAAAAUGGGGUAGUCCCACUUGCUAUCAUUUUGACCACUGGAGGUCCUCGCUUCAUAAGCCCGGAACGCUGCUUCUGUCGUCUUUGUUAAUAGUGAUGGUGAAUUUAUUACCAGUGCUGGCGAUGGUGAGCGUAUGGUGGAGAGGAGUAGCAGGAUAUCCCAAGUCGAUGGCUAGUGAUAUCCUGUCGAGGUAUCCUGGUCAGGAUGACUACAUAAUUCCUACGAGGGCGGUCUGGUCAGCCGUGGGAGGCGGCGCGGGUCUUUUCUGCAAUUUGUCUUCUCCAAUAGCUAGUGACCCGGCCUUGCUGGUCCUCUGGUACAAGAAGGGAACGCACAAACCUAUUUAUAGUUUUGACAUGCGAAAUGGUCCAGCCACACACUGGAAGAAUCCGGAUUCCCUGGGAUCCCGGGCUACGUUCGAGCCUAGUCAGGAUGCGCUGGUUAUCCAUCACGUCCUAGCAGAAGAUGAAGGAACCUACAGGUGCAGGGUAGAUUUCAAGACGAACCCUACUCUCGAGUACAUCACUAACCUUACAGUUGUGGUUCCUCCAAGGCGGUUAGCCAUCUACACCGACAUGAACGUCGAGGCCCGCAGCGUCGUCGGGCCCUUUAACGAGGGCGACGACCUCAGAUUGACCUGCCGGGCCAGCGGGGGAUCGCCUCCCCCGAGGGUUACCUGGUGGGAAGGCGAGACCCUCCUGGACAUGACCUCCGAAGUCCCGAUCUUAGAUCAGGUGUCCAACACAUUAGUUUUCCCGAGGCUGACGAGGGAGGACCUCCAUAGGACGCUCACCUGCAGGGCGUCCAGUGCCAACGUCACGGCGCCCCUGACCGCCUCCGUUUCCCUCGAUAUGAAUUUUCCACCAUUAUGGGUCCGUCUCCUGACGAACCAAGACCCACUGAGUGCCAACAGGGCAUACGACGUGGUGUGCCAGACUGCCGGUGCCCGACCCCCGGCCACCAUUACCUGGAUGCUUGACAGGAAGGUGCUCAAUACUCAUGAGGAAAAGACGACCCAAGAGGGGAACGUGACCACCAGCGAGCUGCAACUGACGCCAAGAGUCUCUGACGCAGGGAAGGUGCUGCAGUGUAGGGCAGAGUCUCCAGAUCUUCACGAACCGCCGCUCGUCGCCAAGUGGACCCUGGAUAUUUACUAUGUUCCAAUAACGAAGCUACAUCCGGGACGUUCUCUCAACCUGAGUAAUAUAGAAGAAGGGGACGACGUGUACUUCGAGUGCUCCAUACAGGCCAACCCUUGGGUCUACAAGAUCGUCUGGUUGCACGAGGGACACGAACUGCAGCACAACGUGUCUGGGGGUGUCAUCAUCAGCAACCAGAGUCUGGUCCUCCAGCGGGUGGUCCGGACGGCCUCCGGGAACUACUACUGCGUCGCCUCCAACAUUGAGGGAGACGGCACCUCCAACGCCAUCACGCUGAAGGUCAAGUACACACCUGUAUGUCGCCCAGGUCAGCUGAUGUACCACGGGGCCGCCAGGUAUGAGCAGGUGAAUAUUCCGUGUCACCUGGAGGCUCAUCCUAAGCCCACCUCGUUCAUCUGGACGUUUAACAACAGCGGCGAAAGCGUCGACAUUCCACAGAGUCACAUCCAAUCCUUCGGGACCUACUCGACGGUGAGCUACACACCCAACACGGAGCUCGACUACGGGACUCUCCUCUGUUGGGGCACCAACGCCGUCGGCAGACAAAAGUAUCCCUGCGUCUUCCACGUCUUUCCGGCAGGAAUUCCAGAUCCGGUGCACAACUGCUCAGUAUUCAACUUGUCAGUCGAGCUGGUGAACGUGAGGUGCGUGGCUGGAUUCGACGGUGGUCUGGAACAGACGUUCAUCCUGGAACUGUACGACCCACAUACCAAUCAGCUGGUAGCCAACACCACCAAUCGGAUUCCCACGUUUUCGAUCGCGGGCCUUCGUCCCGGGAUGGCGUUCAUGGGCGUCGUUUAUUCCACAAACGCCAAAGGGCGGGGAGAGAUGGUCAACCUUCAGGUCUACACCAUCAAGGACUUGGCGGAACGGAGGACAGCUGCCGUGAAGCCCUCACCGAAGGGCACCAUGACCUCCGAACGCCUUAGCGUGACCCCGAUUUUGGCCCUGGUGUUGGGGGUCGUGGGAGGCCUCACGGUCGUGGGCGUCAUCAUCUGCGCCAUCGUGCGGUUCCGCCUGGAGAGGAGGAACAGACACGGCCCUCACGCGCCGCCGGGUGUCUCCGAACGCCGCCAAGAUCCCGCCGAAGUCAUGGCCGAAGACGCGCCGUCUUGCCAGGCCAAGAUGAUGAGCACCUCCCUGAAGGAAGUGCCCCCGCCGCCCACGUCCCCGCGGGACGGGGAUGAGAGGAAUCCGGACGUGAUUCCGCAGUCAGACUCGGACUCCUGGCACGUCGAGGGCGUCAACACAAUUAGCACAUCAGCCCUACCGUCAUCUUAUGCUUCCUUACCUCGUUCUGCUCAUCUGUAUAGCCAAGCUAAUUAUCAACAGGUAUGUCCGGGAGCGAGCGACGUCAAUUACGCCGAGCUGAUGCUCUGCGGACCCACGAGCACCGCCACCAACCCAACGGGGACGCCAAAGACCCGACACCGAGACGCGCAUCACGUGGUCUAUGCCACGCUGGACCACAAACACCUCCACAGCCCCUAUUCCCACGCCCACAGGCAACAGCACGCCCCACCGUACCCGCUGGCGUCCACAGCUCACAAUACCCCGAAGCACGCCCUCCACCAGGUCCCUGCCUCCCACACCGCUUCCCACAGUCAUCUCCCACAGGUGCCAACUCACGCCACGGGGCAUCCGGAGGGUUACCAGCACUGGCCUCAAGGUGUCCAGUGGUCCCAGACCUCGACCUUGGGACGAAGGCACUCCCUCCGAAGGGACCCCAUCUGCCAUGACCCUGAGACUAGUGUUCCCCUCAUGUCCAACCAAAAGGAAAGCUCUGUAUAAGGUUAAUUAAUUAGAUGAUUUCAGUGAUCUGUCGUGACUCGUUGUAAAUAUAUACUUCAAAACAUUUGUCAUAUAUAUAAAAAAGUCUUUUUAUUGCGUUCUUAGAGCAAUGAACAUUCCCGAAAAUCUGAUAUCAUUUUGGAACAACUUCAGUGUUUGGACAACAACGUCCAGUGCUCAGUGAUGUAAAAAAAUAAAAAUAAAUAAGAAGUAGGAUUUUGAAAAUCUGGAAACUCGUAUGACUGUAAAAUGAUUUCUUUGACGUGUAAUAAUAAUAAUCAUCAUCAUCAUCAUCUUCAGCAUCAUUAUCAACAUCAUCAUCUGCUCUCCGAGAUGGAUCAACUCCCGCCAGAUGUCACCUUCUGUUAUCUAUUCCACGCCAAGCUGUUAUCAUCACAAACUUCCCGUGCAACUUCCUCCCCCUGGGUCUCCAUAUCCUUCAAGCCUUGCGAUAUCCUCGGUGAUGUCCUGCUGGGUACAUCCUGGAUUAAGCGAAUAAUCCUUCUCAAGACUAUCUGAUCUCUCGGAACCAAAUCAAAUUAUAGGCAUAAUAAGAACUAUAACUACUCAACUUCUGUUAUUUCUGCGUCUGUGAUGUGCUGAUCCUCUAAGUAAUAUAUCUUGAAAGAGAAGGAAGGAUUUAGAGAAAGUUUUGUAAUAUAAGAGUGAAUUGACUGUGAGAAGUUCGGAACAGAAAUUAUAUACUGAUAAGUUGGUGAGAGCAGUGCCCUUAGCAUACGGAACUUUCUGUCUGAGAAUGUUGGCAUCCGGCUGAGUUUACCCCUGAUUCUGAAGGUGAAUUAUGGAUGUGAUAUAUAUACAUACAUACAUACAUCCAUACAUACACACA